AGUAUUAUUAGGCGCCUGCGCAGUGCGGAGGGCAACGAGAGCUCAUUACCCCGACGACUUUCUUUACAUCAAAACAAUUCAAUCUGUAAAUUAUUGUGUUUAUAAAACUGUGAAAUGGCGGGAAUAAAAGCUCUCAUCAGUUUGUCAUUUGGAGGAGCGAUUGGCCUCAUGUUCCUCAUGCUGGGCUGUGCUCUGCCCGUCUAUAAUGAAUACUGGCCUCUGUUCCUGCUGUUCUUCUACAUUCUGUCACCAAUCCCAUAUUGCAUCUCGCGCCGCGUGGUGGACGACACAGAUUCGGCCAGUAACGCCUGUAAAGAACUGGCCAUAUUCCUCACCACGGGAAUUGUCGUUUCUGCUUUUGGCCUGCCCGUCAUAUUUGCUCGAGCUAAUGUGAUUGCCUGGGGUGCCUGUGCGCUCGUUCUGACCGGAAACAUCGUCAUCUUCGCCACCAUCUUGGGCUUUUUCCUGGUGUUUGGGUCCAAUGACGAUUUCAGCUGGCAGCAAUGGUGAAGCGUCUGGACUCUUUCUCAUUCUGAUACUGCAGUUGAUUUUACUCUGACAUUAUUCUUGUUUUUAUUUAUAAUUUCCGCCCAUGAAUAGAUGCAGGAAAUCAGUGCAAUAAUUUUGUUCAUCUUUAGAUACGUCUGACCUCAGAUAGGAGUUGUUUGUUUAAUUGUUAAGUGCUUUUUCGGUUCACGCACGUGUGCUCUGUGAAUUCAGGUGGUCAAAGAAAAACACUGACAACAUCCAAGCGUUUACGCUAUAAGAACAAAGUUACUGCUUCUGUCUAUGAUCUGAAGUCCAAAAACUUGUGAAACUUCAGCCAGAAACUUGAGAGUUUUAUGUUUAACGGCUGAAAUUGAAAGCGUCUUUGAGUUCAGGACCUGAUAGAGACCAUCUUUAGCUCUCCAUCAGCUUUAUGAAGCUAUUCUGUUACUUGUUUUUAUUUAUUUGUUCUUGCAACAGGUUUGUUUUGUGUUAAAGCUUAUUUUUGAUUGUAUUAAACAUGUCAAUGUAGAAUGAUGGUUGUGUUCAGGUUUAUCGUAUUGAUUUGAAUGAAGCUCUUUUUAAUAUUUAAUUUGCAUAUUGAUGCAUUCAGUUGAACACAUGAAAGUUUCUAUUUAAUCACCAGAGGAGGACAAAACAAAAUAAGCAUUAAUCAGGUACUAACAUGCAAAUAAAAUCGAUGAUUUUGUCUUAAAA